AUGCUGUUUGAUACGACAGUGCUGCUCACCAGAGCUGGGCUCAUCGCCUCCUUGAUCAUAUCCAGCAUCCAGCCCGUGGUCGGAUACAGGAUAACUCGUUCAUACCAUCAAUUCGCGCAGAUUCCCAAGACUUAUCAGAAUAACAUCAUUCAUAGACCUAUCAGCAAUGAGACGCAGUGUCUGGCCUAUUAUGAACGGUACACAAACACGUCUGUCUAUGAUGACACUACAAUAGGGCACCAGUCGGCCGUGCUCCUGGACAAUUGCAUCAUUGAGCAGAUGCAGCAGUACCAGCAGAGCGAGAUGGGCGCCAUUUCGGUCGUUUUGGGUCUUCUGCCGGCCGGGCUGACCCAGAUCGGGCUGAGCACCAGCCAUUUCAGUCUCCUUGCAUCGCGGCGGCCGGUGCUCGCCACUCUGCUUAGUUUUGGCGCCUUGACGGUGCUACCCAUGGACGCAGAGACUCUCCCGAGCCUCCGUCAGCCUGUGCGUGUGCCCACACGGCCCGGCUUCCUGGGCAGCAAUUCGGUCGCCAUCAAGGCUCUCGUCACGACCAUUGAGUACCUUGUUGCGCUGGGAGCCGUGGCCAAUGUUCUCUGGGAGGUCUACUUUCUCACCUAUCAGUCCGUCUGCUGGGCCGCCAUCCAGCUUUUGCAGAUGCAGGGGCUUCCCGAGACUGUGGUGCCGCUUUUCUGGGCGCUAUUUCCCGUCGUGGCCCAGCUGCUCUCGCAUCUUGCCAUGUGGAUCCAGUUGUACCGGCGCAAGAGGAAAUAUGGCGAAAAGGGCACCCCGUACGAGUUCACGACCUGGCCGCCGAGCCUAUGGACACGCGUGAUCACGGAGUUGACCCCUUCGAGCUGGGGCAGCCCGUUGGUGGCUCCCGAGGUCCGCGGCAUCGAGCGAGGAUCCCUCCUCAUGCUGGAGCUGGCAGUCACACAAGUGGUCAACCUCUGUUCCAUAGCUCAUGUAUUCAUGGGCACCAUUAUACUUUCCACCAUGCAGUUCAUCAGUCUGCGAAACGCUGUCAUAAUACUUGUACGCCUUUUAUCUGGCACAAUUAUUGUAAGGGCCGUGGUCCAAUACGAACUGCAUGGAAUGAGAGAGGUAUCGCAGGAAAAAGGACUCGGACGACAACGAGAUGUGAGUGUUGCUAUCGAUUCACAUUACGUUGGUCAAGGAAAGCCACAAUCUCAUACACGGGACGGGGGAUACUGA